AUGUUGCAAGCAGCUGCUGAUACGGUAUCUCAGCAGACUGAAAAGGCUGAAGGUAUGAAAAGUGCGUACUUCGAAGCCAGUCAUUCCAAGGACAAAAAAGCGAGUUAUAGCCAGCAGAAGGACGAGUUUGAGGAAGUUGAGAUGAGGGAAGUGUCAUUCGAGCAGCAAGAUGAAAGUGAUCCAACGUCUGCGGAAAUUGAAGCUGCUAAUACAGGAUUUGAACAAAUGGAGGAGACUAAAGAUAUGGAAACUGACAAAGAUGUUGGAAAAGUGAAUUUGCUGGGUGAUGCUGAGCAACAAAAAAUAACGCAGCAGAUGUCGGAACAGCCACAGUUUCCGUCCGAUCCGGCGCAAAGUGUAAGCAGCUGGGAUCGCCCUAAAAUGACACGUGCAGCAUCUGAAGGUAAUUUAUCGAUUGUUAAAGAUAUCUGUGUUCUUUCCGUAGCCAACUUACGCAGAAAUCCAUAA